AUGGCGAUGGCGUUGAGGAGAUUUGUGAUGAGAGGUUUGGACAGUUACCGCAAAAAGUACAUCGAGAAGGACUCAAUUCAGCCUUUGUACCAUGUGCUUUACGGUGGUAUGAUUUCCUCCUACCUCAUCGCUCUUCCUUACGAGCGUCGCCGUCUUGGUUAUGAAGAAACUGAUAACGUGUUCAGAUUUGCUUUUUUAGAGGUCAAUGAUGUUCCUAGUUGGUUGGCAGUAUGA